AUGGAUUCAGAUUCUGACGAAACCUUAUCCGAUGAAAAUGAUAGUUCAAUUAGUUCUGAUGAACUUGAAAGAAGUGAUUCCGAAGACGAUGGUUCAUUAGUCGAAGAAGAAUUCAGGCAAAGUUCAAUGGACGAUUGGGAAUGGAAAUUAUUUUACUUCUUUACAAUUACUCUACAAGCUGAGGAGAAAAAGGUUUCAGCUACCGGUACAAUUCGUUCCGAUAGAAAAUAUUUUCCAACUAAAUUGAAGAAAGGAGAAAAACUUGAGAGAGGCGAUUAUCGAUAUCUAACACCUAAUGGAGCUUUCUGUAAUAAAAUGGACGGACAAGAAAGAAGUAUUUAUUGCAUCAAACUAUUUCGACCCUGUAGUUGAGAGUGAAGUUAGCCGACGAGAUAAAGACGGCAAUAGAAAGCAAAUUUCUUGUCCAUUAGCAAUUGUUCAGUAUAAUAAAUACAUGGCAGAUGUAGAUUUAUCUGACCAAAAAAUAAAGUAUUAUACUAUAGAUCGAAAGCCAAAGAGAAAUUGGAUGAGAAUAUUUUUUCAUUUUCUUGGUAUGUCAUUAUUAAAUUCAUUUAUUUAUUAUAAAAAUCUUUCCAAUAGUAAUAUUACUACGGUAUAGAAUAUAUAUCGUCUAUUAGUACUGCACUGAUAAAUAAUUAUUUUAGUAGAAAAAGGAUAAGACGACCUUUAGCAAUAAGUAAUCAGAAGAAGGUGCGAACUCUUAGCUCAUAUGCCAGAAGUUAUUUCAACUCGUCGUCGAUGUGCUUAUUGUACCACGAAAGAAGAAGAAGAAAAAAGAACAGAUGCGAUGAAUACUUUUUGUGGUGUUUGUUUAUGUGUGAAAAAUUGUUUUUCUUUGUAUCAUCAAAACACUAUGUAUAUCAACAUUGAAAUUAUUAAAUAUACAGUCAUAUAAUCACAAUUCCUUUUAUGUAAUGUAACCAAAGGCUUCGUUGUAUCAUCUAGAUGCAUACUAGUAUGUUUUUGUAAGCUUAAAUUCAGUAAAAAAAAAAGCCUGGACACAAAGGGUUAAGCGAGAAUUAUUCCUCUGAUUCCAAUCUAUAUUUCUAUUGCUCCAUUAUAAUUAUAAGUCAAAAAUAUUCUAGAAAUAAGAAAUGUUCUAUUUAAUAAGAGAAAACGAAAAAGAUUCCAGCAAAAAAAUAUUUUGAUCAUCGGAAAAGACGCAAAAUACGAUAAGCAAGCUUAAAAGUAAAAACACUACGUAAUAGCCGACAUAUGAAAUAUCGGCUUCUAAUAUUCUUGUAAGUCGUAUAUUAUAUGUGUCUCGGGAUACGAAAUUAACAAGUUCAUUUAACAAAUAAUUUUAAUAUUUUUACAAAGGUUCAUAACACAAUAUUCGUUCUUAGUAUGGUCGUUUAAUAUUAUACGUUCAACAAACAUCACUCUUAUAUAUAAUUUAGUUGAAUAUACCCAAGUGAGCAAAAGACUGGUUAAAUGACUAGUCUUUUUUCUAGCCAAGUUGACCCGUCCCGUCUAGUCUUUGUCUCAAAAACUACUCGUCCACGACUAGUCCGAGUUUUUAUCCGUCAUGCAUACACGCCCUAGUACUCUGAUUGACGACUAGUCAUAAAAUCUAAUAAGAGUAGUAGUGACGAGUGUCCCUGUCG